GGGAGCCAUCGGCAGCCGGCAAGGCGGAGGCACUGCCGGGCGAUGCCCCGACUCUCCGCCGCCGCCUCGGCCUCCUCCUGCGCCGGGGGCUCGGAGCUGCGGAGCUGCGGUGAGAUGUCUGCAAAGUUCCGGGAGGCAGCGGCCGCCAACUCCCCGCUGUCCCGCCGCGGCGCCUUUUGUGCGAGGCAAAAGGAUUCUUGUGGAAGAUGGAGCUGUGUCCAUUUUCCAGAAUGUGUAUCCGAGCCCAUCAGUGGAACCUGACCUGACAGCACUGUAUGGAAAUGCCCAAAGAGGACCCACAUUUCUGCCUGAACCUGCCAUCCUCCUAAAAACAUGGUUGUCUUGGGAGUGUUGACUGCUCCGGCAGUGUUGACUGCACCCCAUACUGGGACAUCCAACACAACAUUUGUAGUCUACGAAAGCUCCCAUGUGAAUAUUACGGCCCCUCUACCAUUUCAGCAUCCUAGCACCGGUCCACUGCUUAGAUACAGUCUUGAAACCAUGACUAGCACCGGAUUUAGUUCCUUGGCAGUGAACAGCACAGCUGUGACCCCAACACCAGCAGUUUUUAAGAGCCUAAACUUAGCUCUCCAGAUCAUCCUUUCGGCUCUAAUGAUAUUUAUUCUCUUUGUAUCUUUCCUUGGAAACUUGGUUGUUUGCCUCAUGGUUUACCAGAAAGCCGCCAUGCGUUCUGCAAUUAACAUCCUUCUUGCCAGCCUGGCUUUUGCAGACAUGCUACUUGCAGUACUGAACAUGCCCUUUGCCCUGGUAACUAUUCUUACUACCAGAUGGAUAUUUGGGAAAUUCUUCUGCCGGUUGUCUGCAAUGUUUUUCUGGCUGUUUGUGAUAGAGGGAGUGGCCAUCCUACUCAUUAUUAGCAUCGAUAGGUUCCUGAUCAUUGUCCAGAGGCAAGAUAAGCUAAAUCCAUACAGGGCUAAGGUCCUCAUUGCAGUCUCCUGGGCAACUGCUUUUUCUGUAGCUUUUCCUUUGGCUGUGGGGAACCCUGAUCUGCAGAUACCUUCCAGAGCCCCACAGUGUGUGUUUGGGUACACAACCAAUUCCGGAUACCAGGCUUAUGUGAUUUUGAUCUCACUCAUUUCCUUCUUUAUACCUUUCCUAGUGAUAUUAUAUUCAUUUAUGGGCAUCCUCAACACCCUUCGGCACAAUGCCUUGAGGAUUCAUAGCUACCCAGAAGGGAUAUGCCUCAGCCAGGCCAGCAAACUCGGUCUCAUGAGUCUACAGAGACCCUUCCAAAUGAGCAUCGACAUGGGCUUUAAAACACGUGCCUUCACCACCAUUUUGAUCCUCUUUGCCGUUUUCAUUGUCUGCUGGGCCCCAUUCACCACCUACAGCCUUGUGGCGACCUUCAGUAAGCGCUUCUACUAUCAGCACAACUUCUUUGAGAUUAGCACCUGGCUACUGUGGCUCUGCUACCUCAAGUCUGCGUUGAACCCACUGAUAUACUACUGGAGGAUUAAGAAGUUUCAUGAUGCCUGCUUGGACAUGAUGCCCAAGUCCUUCAAGUUCUUACCACGGCUCCCUGGUCACACAAGGCGACGGAUUCGCCCUAGUGCCGUCUACGUGUGUGGGGAACAUCGGACGGUGUUGUGAAUACCUGAACUCUUGAGACAUAGCGAGUGAUUAUGGUUCUUGAUUGACUGAGAUUUUUUUUUCAUAUGGCUUCUAAAGUUUUAAUGGUUUUUAUAGUGUGUGUGCGUGUGUGUGGGCGUUAAAACGAGUGGUAAAUACUUUGAUCCUGAAACCAAGGAUAUACUAUAAGAAAGUGGUCACAUAUGUUUACCUCCAGGUUAAGAAAAUUUUAGAAUGUGUGUGUCAGGGGUGGAUUUUGUUAGUUCAGUUGACUGGUUUUAUUUUUGUAGCAUGAAUCAGGAUUGUGCUUCGUUGACCCUGCAGUUAACUUGAAUUGUAGGUGGUUUUUAUGCUGCUGAGGUAAGCUUGGUUGAGUUGAUCAAUUCCUUUUCCUCUCCUACAAGCCACUGCUGCUCCUUGCUAUCCUAUCGGAGUCAAAUACCUCUGCCUUUCAGUUGGCAGAUAUUUAGUCUUAUUUAAAAACAAAACCCAAGGAGGUUAGUGGCGGUUUUUAAAGGUUAUUACAGUUUACUUUGGAGCACUUUAAGAGACAAUGUACAGAUUCGUUCAGUUGUAUUUCUUAGAAUCGUUUUUAAUACAUGACCUGUUGUGUGGUGGGAGAUAUGGGCUCACGAUGUCCAGGUAGAUAGCUUUUAUUAAAAAAUGUUUUAGCUGCAUGUACAAUUU